UUGUUUUUGGAAAGGAAAUGGAAGCGGUAAGCAUUACAACAACAAUUUCUGGAGCCCCUCUAUAUUUAGGGGAUUUGGAAAAAUGUGGAAUUGCGACGUCUAAUAAUUUGAGAGAAAUUUUGACUACAUGUGCUGAUCCUGUGGAGGCUAUUAAACAAUUUCAAGUGGCCAAUAGUGUUCAGGUUUGUGUAUUUUGCUUUAUUUUUUGGGUAAAAAUGAUGGUUGGGAGACUUGAAGGGGAAUACUGGUAUUUAUUUUAAAUUUGGUUAUCCAAUAGAUGUGUGUGGAACAGGUUUGCCGCCGAACCCGAAACCUGGCCUUUUUCUGUACCCGUGACCCGAAAUGAAAACGCUCCAACC